CAUAAUAUAACAGUUGGCAGAUCAGUUCCUCCAAGUCUCCAACUGCGUGAAAAAAAAUCAACAAAAAUAGAAAGGGUUCAUAUUUCUGGUUUGUAUACAAGUGAAGAAGAAGAAAAUGUCUCUGCUCAACGAUCUCAUCAACUUGGACCUUUCUGAAACUCCUGAGAAAACCAUUGUUGAAUACAUAUGGAUUGGUGGAUCUGGGAUGGACCUCCGAAGCAAAGCCAGGACUCUCCCUGGACCAGUAACCGAUCCUUCACAGCUUCCCAAGUGGAACUAUGAUGGUUCUAGCACUGGUCAAGCCCCUGGUGAAGACAGUGAAGUCAUUCUCUAUCCUCAGGCAAUAUUCCCCGAUCCAUUCAGGAGAGGAAAUCACAUACUUGUUAUGUGUGAUACUUACACUCCGGCUGGAGAACCGAUUCCAACGAACAAGAGGUAUAAUGCUGCAAAAACAUUUAGCCAUCCUGAUGUUGUUGAUGAGGAACCUUGGUAUGGCAUAGAGCAAGAGUAUACUCUGCUACAAAAAGAUGUCAAAUGGCCACUUGGAUGGCCUGUGGGAGGAUUCCCGGGACCUCAGGGACCAUACUAUUGUGCAAUUGGUGCUGAUAAAGCCUUUGGACGUGAGAUUGUUGAUGCACACUAUAAAGCAUGUCUUUAUGCUGGCAUCAACAUUAGUGGCAUCAAUGGAGAAGUCAUGCCUGGCCAGUGGGAAUACCAAGUUGGUCCAUCAGUUGGCAUCUCUGCAGGAGAUCAAGUAUGGGUGUCCCGCUACAUUCUUGAGAGGAUAGCAGAGAUUGCCGGGGUGGUUGUCUCUUUUGAUCCCAAGCCUAUUCCGGGUGACUGGAAUGGAGCUGGUGCACACACCAACUACAGUACCAAGUCCAUGAGAGAGGAAGGAGGUUUUGAAGUUAUUAAAGCCGCCAUCGACAAGCUCGGGUUGAAGCACAAGGAACACAUUGCUGCAUAUGGAGAAGGCAAUGAACGCCGUCUCACAGGAAGGCACGAAACAGCUAACAUCGACACCUUCUUAUGGGGCGUGGCGAAUCGUGGAGCCUCGAUUAGGGUUGGCCGUGACACUGAGAAGGCUGGCAAAGGUUAUUUUGAGGACAGGAGGCCUGCUUCAAACAUGGAUCCCUAUGCUGUCACUUCCAUGAUUGCAGAAACAACCAUCCUCUGGAAACCUUAAGAGCAGCAUCCCAUUAUUUUGCUUAUUAUUGCUAUUGUGAUAUAUCAUCAUUUGGAGGUGUUUAGACAAAUUUGUUCUGUCAAUUGUCUUUAUGGUAUUCUGUCUUGUUCGUUGGAGGGAUUUGGUCCUAAUUUCUUAAGCAUAUUCCCUGGUUUUAUCAUUUAUGUUAACACAACAAUAACUUUCUUAGUAUCAUUGUUCCAUUUUCGAUUU